GGCUGGGCUAUAAAACCCUGGUCCGCACGCUCGCGACACCCCUGGUGGCCUCCUGGGCGCGGGACCCCCGACUCCGCGGCGUCUUUGCUGGCCCGCGAUGUGGCUGCUGCUUGCGCUCCUGGUCCUCGCCGCGGCCCGGGCCUCGGUCGCUGCAGAAUCACACUGGUGCUACGAGAUUCAAGCCAAAGCCCCCAACCAACACUGCUUGGGGCCAAGUAACUGGACUGGAAGUUGCCAGAAGAACCGCCAGUCCCCCAUCAACAUCGUUACCCACAAGGCGAAGGAGGACCAAAACCUGGGUCACUUCCUCUUCUCUGGCUAUGAUAAGAAGCAAAAACGGACCGUGCAAAACAAUGGACACUCAGUGAUGGUGUCGCUGGAGAAGGAGAUCACAAUUACUGGAGGAGGGCUGCCUACCCAGUACCAGGCCACGCAGUUGCACCUGCACUGGUCCAGUCGGAUGAAUAAUGGCUCAGAGCACAGCAUUGAUGGGGAGCAUUUUGCCAUGGAGAUGCACAUCGUACAUACGAAAGUGACAGGGACAUCCAGGAAUACAAAAGAGGCCCAGAACACUGGAGAUGACAUCGCGGUGUUGGCCUUCCUGGUGAAGGAUGGACCUAACAUGAAUGAUGGCUUCCGGCCGCUGGUGGAGGCGCUGUCUCAUAUCCCCAAACCCAACAUGAAUACCGUAAUGGGAGAGUUCAGACUGUUGGACAUGCUCCCCAAGGAGGAGAAAUUGAGGCAUUACUUCCGCUACCAGGGCUCACUCACCACACCAAACUGCGACGAGACGGUUGUCUGGACUGUGUUCCAGGAGCCCAUUGAGCUCCACAAAGACCAGAUCCUGGCGUUCUCCCAGAAGCUGUGGUACGACGCAGAAGAAAGAAUAGAGAUGACAGACAAUGUCCGGCCCUUGCAGAGCCUCGGGCAGCGCACAGUGUUCAAGUCGUUCAAGUCGCGGGCCCCAGGCCAGCUGCUGCCCCUGCCUCUGCCUGCCCUGCUGGUCCCCACACUCACCUACCUGGCGGCUAGCUUUCUCCGGUGACCACUCACUCCUGCACAUGGGACCUCUGGCCUCAGUCCUUAGAGGCUGGGGCUUCCUUCCGCUCCUUAGGUGUCCCAGGUUGGACUUUAGGCAUGAUUAAAAUAUGUGUGUAUUUUUGGAGAAA